AUGUCGCCUUUGUCCAGCACUCUUUGCUACUCGGCAUUCUUUAUCUUAUUCUUGUUUGUGCAUCUUACCGAAACAGCCAACUUAGAGACUAAGCAUCCCCCGAAAGGAUUGCUCAAGGUCCGUCUUGACUAUGGACUUGCAACACAGCCAGUGCGUGGAGAAGAUGAGGAGGGCUCCCAUCGAUGGGUUUGGUCGUCAUAUCUUGAGUUCAAAGACCCGGUGUCAUCCAUCACCGACUCUCAGAUACGGAUGAUGGCUCAGAAUGCACACAAGGAGAUGGAAAUUGACAUGAUGCAAUAUGACCCCGAAGAUCAAGACGGCCAAUUCGCGAUUCUUCCAACGGUCAUGACCAUUCUCGCCUUUGAUAAUAAGAUUAUCUUGGCGUCUUCUCAGAGAGGAAGAUCGGGAUUCAUCAAUGAGUGGCCCCAAAGCCCGGUGAAGCUCUCAUUGGACCGCUGUAGUGUCUUCUGGAGGGAGCGUGCCCUCGCCAAUCCCGAUUACUCAAACCCAUACUCGUGGCACAGGAAUAAAGCGAAGUGCGGAGAAGUCAAUGCAUUUCACCUAUACUAUAUGACAAAUGAUCAGCCAAUACCUGAUCUCAAUCCCAAGAUGCGUGUCACUUCUGUCAGGAAACAGGGCAAAAACUAUGUGAUAGUACCACCAUGCGGUCAAAACAAGAAUGGCGUCGACAGCAAGACCGAAUGGGGCUGCAAUCUCUUGGUCCCAGACCAAAAGGUUAAAUACAUCAAUGACGACGUCGCGCCAGCAGGGUAUGGUUUGAAAAAGAUUGCCGGAGGUGUACAAAGGCAAGGUCAGAUUCAGAUGUGCACAAGGAAUCGCAUAAUCUGGGAUGGGGAGUAA